AAACGGGUGGGAUCACCGUGAUGCCUCGCUCAAGAAGUGGACGCAUACGCGCAACCAACCGCGACCGGAAGAGGGAAAAUAAGCGGAAGGUCUCCCUCUCGUCCGCGUAUCAUUCGACGAAAUGACGAGGUCCUUCUCCGGCAGAUUCCUCCCAGCAAGCCAUUAGCUCACGGCCUACGGCACCUAACCGCGUGGAGAGAGGCGUCCGCAUCCCCAAUCCAUCUCACUACGCCUACUCUGAAACUACCGCCCAAGUGUUCUCCUCCUCCUAACUCUGCCUAUGCAAGCGCCCAUCCCUCUUCUCUGAGGAACAAUCCAGUCGAAGCGUCCGGAGGUCGGCAUGGAUAUCAUGGGAUUCGGGGCGAGGGAUGAGCUACUGAAACGAGUGGCGGAUUCUGUCAUGCUGUUCUGCGCCGAUGCGAGGCACGUUGAUCUCGAGCAGGAGAGCUUCCGGAGGUUCUCCGAGUACAUGGGCCUGCUCCAUGCGCUCGUCCGAGAACUGACGGCCAGGAGGGUGGAGAGGACGCCGGAGUGGGGAACGACGACGGCGGCGCUGCAGCAAUUGGAGGCUGAAAUCAAUAAGGUCAGAGAAACCCUAAAGACCUACGGCGCAAGGAGUCGGCUGUCUCGGCUGCUCGUUUGCCGCGACGUGCUGUCCAAGCUGCAGCGGUCGGCUCACGAGAUAUGUAGAGCCAUCGAAAGCCUCAGCUUGGGGAACCUGGACUCCACCUUGCGAUUGAAGUCCAAGGCGGAGGAGAUAGUCCACGGUCUAGAAUCCGUGGAGUUCAAAUCGGCAGCGGCAACCGAGGCCAUCGUUACGGAGAUAGCGAAUUCGGCGGCGGAGGAUGGGAGGAGCAGGGACUACACGUCGAGGCUCCUGCACCAGAUAUCGGACGCGAUCGGUGCCACCACAAGUGCUUCACUUGGACGAGAAAUGGCCCUUCUGAAGCAGGAGAAGGAAGAAAUGGAGGCCAGGAAGCAGCACGCUGAAGCCCUGCAGCUCGCGCAACUGAUACACCUGUUGAGCAGAACAGAGAUGAUCCCCAUCCCAAGAGGCGAAGGCGCCACACCCCCGACGUCAGAUAACUUCAUCGGAUCCUUCACAUGCCCAAUCAGCGGCGAGCUGAUGCAAGACCCGGUCGCCGUUGUUUGUGGACACAGCUUCGAGAGAAAAGCCAUCCUUGAAUACUUCGAGCUGGGACAGAGAACAUGCCCGACCUGUGGAGAGCUGCUAUCUUCCCAGGAGCUAACCCGAAACAUUUCGCUUCAGAAUUCCAUUCAGGAAUGGCAGAAAAGGAGCUUGACGAUUAAGCUGCAGAAUGCAAUGUCCGACUUAGCCUCGAGCGAACCCGAUACGCUCAACCAAGCUCUGGAGACUCUGCUUGCAGCAAUGGAGGUGCCCGGUUAUAUCGCGGAAAUCUCCCAGCUAAAUCCUGUUACAAAACUAGUAACCAUGUUGAAGAACAAUGCGGUGAAUUCCAAAUCAACUCUGAAGUGCCUCUGCUACUUGGCCAAUCACUCCGCGGAAAACAAGGAAGCCAUUGCUGCAGCAGGAGCUGUGCGGUGCAUCGUGAAGAUGUUCUGCAGGGGCGAAACCGAACCCGAAGCUCUGCAGGUGCUACUGGAUUUGUCUGAGAACGAGAAGUUCGCAGAUCUAAUUGGGAACGCCAAGGAUUGCAUCCCCUCCUUGGUCUCUCUCGCUCAGAACUCUGUCCCUGCUAUCUCGGAGAAAGCCCUGCAUGUGUUAAGCAGGCUAUCGUCAAAGACGCAUUUUGUCAUACAGAUGGCGCGAGCUGGACACGUUCGACCUUUUCUCACCUCAUUCCAACAAGUCAACACGGAGGGCAGAGCGCAGAUGGCCACAGCACUGACAGGGAUGCAGCUCCUGGAGAACACCGCGAGACACUUCGAGAGCGAGCAGUUCAUCGGCACGCUGACCAAAUCGCUCUACUCAUGCGUGUGCAAGCCCGCAUGCCUCGGCUGCAUCAAAAGGUUGACGGCCUUUCCUGGAGUGGUACAGAAGCUGGUGUUGGAUAGGGACAUCAUCCCGGCAUUGCUUGGCCUCGUGCACUCUACUACAUCCGAGCCACAGUGGAAGCAGGACGCUGUUGAGAUCCUGAUAUCGCUCGUGGGCGCCAGCCAGCCUCAAGACUACUGCAACAAUCCAAGCUUGCAGGAGCUGCACUCUCUCCACAACAUCCAUGUCUUCCUCCACGCCGCAUCCGCUUCCUCUCCUCAGACCAAAUGUUCCUGCUUGCGCUUGCUCGUCUUGAUGGCGACGAAAUCCAGUGAUGCACGGGACCUGAUGCGGUGUGAUCAGAGCAUGAUUAGUCGCCUCUUCUCCACCCUUUCGGGAGAUCACCGUAGCGGGGUGAGGCUGCAGGUGCUAAGGCUAAUACACAGCAUCGCUGAAGAACAUCCGGGAGGAGUUCCUCUGCCACCAUCUCCUGAGAAAGAAGGUGCUGUCAACACCCUCGUAAAUGUAUUCACCAGCUCGCCUGACAUGGAGGAGAGAACAGCAGCAGCUGGAAUCAUCGGUCGGCUUCCAUCGGAUGACGCCGACAUCGAUGAGAUGCUCUACAGGUCGGAGAUCCUGAAAGCCAUACAUGAAGUCAUCUGUGCUACACAGAGCAGCAGCAACCACCACCAUGUGACGAUGAAUGAACCAACACCAUGGCAACCAACGAUGGUGACCAACUGUCUCCUGGAGAAUGUUCUUGCAUCGCUGCUUCGCUGCAUAGAACCCAAAAGGACAGAGCUCCAGAGACAAGCCCUCAAGCUCGAUCUUUCCACUUCACUGAUCAGAGUCCUCUCGACAGCCAGCUCGCUUGCCAAGAAGCAGGCGAUCAUUGCGUUGUGUCACUUAUCCCAUUCCAGUGACCAGACCAUGACGGGCUCGGCCAUCGAUCUGAAGGACCAGAAAGAUGGGUUCUUUCCAGUCUCACAGUUGCAGUGGAUCUUUAGGAUGAAGUCAUGGUGUGGCUUCUCUUCGGAACUGUCUCAAAGCCUCUGUUCCGUGCAUGGCUCUGCGUGCUCCCGCCACGCGUUCUGCCUGGUGAAGGCCGGCGCCGUGGGGCCGCUGGUGCAGAUAGUGGAUGAGGCGGAGUCCGUUGCCUGUGAAGCUGCGCUGGUAGCACUUGAAACCUUGAUCAGGGAAGAGAGAACGGCCUGUUCUGCUUCCAUGGCCAUAGCAGAGAGCCAGGGGGUGGCUGCAAUUCUUCGGGUUCUGCAGCACAACUCUUCUCUGCCCACCAAGGAAAAGGCUCUCGACCUGUUACAUAGCAUCGUGAAGCAUUCGGAGAUCUCAGUGCAGCAAUCCCCACGAUUCAAGGAGGUUCUCAUCAACCUCCUCAAGGUGGAGGAGCUGAGAAAGAAGGCUGCUUUGAUUCUAAGUCAGAUGCAUGACAUACCACAGAUGUCUUCAUAUUUCUGAAGCUUUAUCACCCUGCAGUCAGUUGAUAUUAGAUUUCCAAGACAUGUAAACUGUCCAUGCUGUUCCAUAUAUGUUAAUUUCUUUUUCGUGUACAA